AUGGUGAUGUAUUCUGAUACAGAACUACUUUAUCCGGGCGUGAACUGCUUGCUUACCAAUCAGACCUGUUGGUUAUCGGGAUCUACCUGGACGACCAGCAUUCUUUCGCUUGGUCAUCGACCAUCACUUGUCACUCGAGUACUGUACGUCUACUUGCCAUCUAUUGAUACGUCUUCAUUGCUCACAUUGGUGCCGCGUUGUUUGGAUUUUUUAUUCAACUUGCUUGUACUUGGCAAGCGAAAAGCCGUAGUUUGUGCUUGCUUGUUCUCUAUUUUAGAUAACAACACAUUCGUCAAUCAGACAUCGUCGUUAUCAUCCGGUUCAUCGGACCCUCCCAUCCCAACGUCAUUGACGAGACCUGUGAUUCGCUUUAUCCGCCGCUCCCCGCUUAGUUCCUCCGGUAGCAGCGCGUCGGUGGAUCAGAAACCCACCUCCAUUGUAGAUCCUCCGUGCUCAGUGGAAAAUGUGACAGAACUGUCUGAUUUCAGCAGACAAUCGGGGCCUACCACCGACGCUUGCCUUGUCACUGAAAACGAGUGUAUACCAGAUGCACCCUGCUCACCAGCUUCCACGUCUUGUCCAUCAUCUGAUGUGUCUUGCAAACCAUCUGAUACGCCUCCGCGAACGUGUACGCCGAGCACAUCUCCAGCGUGUUUCACCGUAGCUGUUCCAAGUUCUAUCCCCAGUGAGGAGUCUGUAUGCACUGCACCGAUCUCCCCAACAAGACAUAUCUUUCCCUCUCCACCAACAAGCGCAUCCUCAAUCUCGUUUGACAUUGCUCGACAUUUACCCCCUCCGACAGAAAGUUUCGUCGUAGCCGCGCCAACUGGCCCUGUUCCAUCCGUAUCUGACGACAACAACCGCACACCUGCAGGCAGCAAGCGGAGACGGUAA